AGAGAGAGAGAGAGAGAGAGAGAGAGUCCCAGUACAAGUCUGGAGACGUUUGUCUAAGACUCUGUAUUCCACAAAGAACAGAAAGAGACAGAGACGGAGACGGAGAGGGAGAGGGAGAGAUUCUGUAUCUCAGUCAUGAAGUCCUGCACGUGGAUCGGCUCUCUGACGUUCCUGCUGUACGUUUGUCCUUCAUACGCGUCACACAGGCAAAGCAGACAAGUAACUGUCGGAAAUCUACAAGGAGUGUGUCGCUAUGGUAACCGGCUGGAGUGCUGCUACGGGUGGAAGAAAAAUACAAAAGGCCAGUGUGAAGCCCAGUGUGAGUUCGGGUGUAGGCACGGAGAGUGUGUCGGCCCGAACAAGUGCAAGUGUUUUCCGGGAUACACGGGCAAGACAUGUAGUCAAGAUUUAAACGAAUGUGGGUUGAAGCCUCGGCCCUGCGAGCAUCGCUGCAUGAACACCUUCGGGAGCUACAUGUGCUACUGCCUCAACGGCUACAUGCUAAUGCCUGAUGGGUCCUGUGCAAACUCGAGGACGUGCGUCAUGGCUCACUGUCAGUACGGCUGUGAGGAGGUCCAGGGGGAAAUCCGCUGCCUCUGUCCCUCAACUGGUUUACAGCUCAGCUCAGAUGGAAAGACAUGCGUUGAUAUUGAUGAAUGUGUAACAGGAAAGCACCAGUGUCCCUACAACCGCGAGUGCGCCAACACCUUCGGGAGCUACUACUGCAAGUGCCAAGUGGGUUACGAUCUAAAGUACAUCAAUGGAAAAUACGACUGCAUAGAUAUGAAUGAGUGCCUCGCCAACACUCACAAAUGUAGCCGUUAUGCAGAGUGUAUAAACACUGAGGGAUCGUACAAGUGCAAAUGCAAGCAGGGCUUCCGUGGCACGGGGUUCGAGUGUUCAGCAAAGCCCUUUUACUCCAGCAGCUCAUGGGACGCUGAGAGAGGCAGCGCAGACCGGUUUCUCAACGCGAUCCCAGAAUUCCCAUCAAAGCCGCGCAUCCUUGGCGGGAAAUUUGAUAACGCUAUCCCGGAGCCUGGAGCCACCGAAUCCUCCAGACUGCACCUACAACCAUUCGAUUACGAUGGAGACGUUUACAUCGGGACAGGACAGGAAGUGACGCCGCUAAUGACGAGAGAGGAAAAGGAGGAAGAGGAGGAGGACGAAGGUAACGGAGUGGACAGUGAGAGACUGAACACCAGGGGAGAUGUGUUCUAUCCUGACGAGGUCUACAGCCGAGGAACAGAGUUUAAGGAGAUCCACGCAGCUCCUCUACAGGAACGAUUCCUCACAGACUGUAACUUCGACUCGGGGGAGUGUGAGUGGGUUCAAGAUCAGGACGACGAUCUGGACUGGAGCGUCCGCUACCACGAAGACGGGCUGCAGUACUACAUGGCGCUCAGUGGGAGCGCGGGUCAGUGGAGGGCGCAGGCCAGGCUGAAGCUCCUCCUCGCCGAAGCCGUUCGUCAGGGCCCCUUCUGUCUGAGGUUCAGCCACAGGGCGGCGCUGUCGGGCGCGCUACGCGUGAUAGCGGAUGGUGGACAAGCCCAGAGCGUCCUGUGGGAGCAGAGACACGGCCUGGACGACGGUUGGCACACGGAGAACGUAGACGUGGACUGGAGCGACAAAGCUCCUGAGGCGAUCGUGUUUGAGGGAUCGCGGGGAAGACUGGCACGCGGAGAACUCGGGCUGGACAACGUGCUGCUGAUCUCAGGGAGAUGCCAUGAGGCUGAAGACCAGCUGUUUUAGAGAAACGUUCUUCAGCAAACAGAGUCUUGAAGAUUAAAUAUUUUUACUUCUUAAACAAAAGGCUGAUGGAAGUAACAAAUAUUAGCAACUAAAUAUUUUUAUAUAUAAUAAAGACGAAGGUGAUGGAGAUGUGAUUCCUGCAUCAACAACGUGAGAAAGCUGUGAGAGGUUCAGUGCCACUUCUG